AUGGACCCUUCCAAGGCAGCGUCAAGCAAUGUGACCGUUGAAUACACUGAUCCAUCGGGGUUAUUUCCUUUGGUUCAACCGACCGUCGAAUCGAAGCUUCCCCUCAAGAAUCUCCAUUGGAAAUCGCCCACUCGCCCUGUUCGAUCGAUCGAAUCCCUCCGCAUCGGCUUUGCGCCUGCCCAGACAGAAUCCGCCGAACGGAAAUCUUCCAGUGAAGGCACUGGAAAUGUCACGCAUCGCCGACAUCAGAUCCCCGGUCUGCGACAAACUCCAUACCUGAAAGUCUACCUCCUCCGCUGCGACGACAACGAUACCUACAAAGCAACAGCACGCAAGACAUUGCGCGAGUGGAUCAAGACUCAGAGCGUAUCAAGCUCGUCGCAAUCGACUGGCAGCAGUCAAGAAAAGCAUGAUGCGUUCGAAUGGCUUAUCCUACACGUGGUCCAAGAUGGGGAUGGUGCGGAAAAGACACCUGCGCCAGCGUCGAAAUGGGGUCGCGGCACAACUACAGUUCUAGAGAAGAUCAAGGCUGAUUUCAAUGGGUCAUCUAAAACCGCCGUUGAUCGUGUGGCACAGUUACGACUCCCAAAGGAGGGAUCCACGAAAUCCCCUGAAUUUGCGGAGCAGCUCGAGGAUCUGAUUGACAAGAUGAAGAAUGGCAUACUGGCUUCUUUCGAUCUCCGCGUGGCUCAAUACGAGGAAGAUAUAAAAGAAAAGGAUGCGCAGCGAAGUCUCCCUGGUUGGAACUUUUGCACUUUCUUUAUCCUCAAAGAGGGCCUCGCGCGGGGGUUUGAGAAUGUGGGUCUGUUCGAUGAUGCACUGGUUGGCUAUGACGAGCUAUCCGUUGGAUUGGAUGCGGCUAUCAGAGACCAACUAGACGGAAGUACAGAACAACCGGGCAAUACAAUCUUGAAUUCAAGCAAGAAUUGGGUGGAGGUUGCUAAAAAGGCACUCAAGGCUGGCGCGUCAGUCGAUAAAACCAAUAAGGAAGAGCCAUCCCUGGCCAUUCAACCGGAUGACUUCCCGCUCAGCUCGAACAAAUUUCCCUACCGAGAAAUGAUCCUGGCCAGUGAUAUCUCCAUUUUUGAUUUCCGCACCUAUAUCUUCUCUCGUCAGCUCACUUUGCUGCUUCGGGCAGCAAGAGCUCCAUCCUUGGUCGGAAAUGACCCUGCUACACGGGAGAAAAAGCCAGAAGAUCUCAUUCUACUAUCUGAGAUCUGCCAGAGAUCCACAGAAUUCAUUAGCCUUGCCGCCCGCACCCUCCGUUACGGUCUCGACUCUGGACUAACGGACGUGGAAGCGAAUGUUAAGUCGGAUACAAUCAACAACAUUGUGUCCAAUUGGGCGUAUGCCGCGGCAUUGCAGAUUCUAGAUCAAACUUUUACCUCAAGUCUGAGCCUGCCUGAAUCCUCCAUUCAUGCUGUUCACCAGGCCAAGGAGCCUUCAAAUCCCACGCCACCUGCGGGGGAUAAUCGCGGCGACGUACCUCGUCGGUCAAGUUCAUUGAUUCAAGGGCCGGGAGGGCGCUCUCCCCGACCAGUGACCCAGGAUAUCUCCGAGGCAGUUGGUCUGCUUCAGCGGCGCUUGACCUUGGAUCACCCAAAAUCGGCUCCUGCUCUUCCUCAAAAGACUGGCUCGGAACAAUUAGCAUCAAGCCGAGGAGAAUUGCUUCUUCUGGCUCGACGAUCUCUUGAGGAGAUUGCCCAGCGCCACGGUUGGGUUGAGAAAUGGAACAAUCUUGGCCUGCUCUUUGAUGAGAGUCCUGGCUCUGAUGGUAUGGCAGAAGUCUCAUUAGACGGGACUGAUGAGAAAGUCGAAUCUAAAGCUGAGACGUCUUCACUGGUGGGUGUCGAACUUCCCACCCUCAAGGCUGGAUUGACAUCCAAAGAGAACUAUCUGUCAUUGUAUGAAGAGCUCACGGAUCAUAUCGUCCGCCAUAAUAUUGUGGCAAACCGAGCCAAUUCCUCCGAGAUGGCUUUGGCAGACAUUGCCAUACUCCGCUUCCGACAGGGUGAUUACGAAGCCGCAGCUUCUUAUUUCCACCAAAUGGCUCCGUUCUACGGCAGCAAGCUCUGGGUGGUCUUGGAGGGAAUCAUGCUGGAACUCUACUCUCGGUGCUUGAAGGAACUCAACCGCAACGAAGACUAUGUCCGCAUGAUGCUGAAACUUCUCGCCCAAUUCGCUACAUAUUCGCAAUCCAAGUUAUCUUCACGCCAGAAAUCUCUAUCUAUCCCGACAUCUAUUGCCCAGCAGGAGCAGCUAUCUGGAUAUGUGGCCGAUCUCUUCGAAGGGGCAAAGGGCUUGCAAAAGGACGUCACCGCAUCACUCGCCGAUUUCUUCGCAGAUCUCCAGGUGGACCCAGCAAUUCGCUUAUACGACGACAAGGAUGGCUUCCAGAUCCAGCUAUCUCUGCGAUUCCUUCUCGGCCCCGAGAUCAAUAUUGACUCGGUUAAGGUCCGGCUUGUAAGCGCCAGCAGUUCUCAACAUGUCGAGCAUUGGAUUGAAGGCUCGGCAAAUUUCACGAUCAAGUCAUCGACAACAAAGAUUCUAAUUGAUUCUUCGACAACACUGCAAGGCAAGUACAUCGUUGACCGGCUGGAGAUGAAGUCUGGUAAUCUGCUUUUCACUUUCAACAGUGGUCAGCAUUCGGGUCUUCCGAUUGGCUUCCGAGAAACAGACGAUGCAGAAGAAACGGAUCAACGACCAUUCAUACUCUGCUACCCGGCACCAAACGGGCUACACGCCAAGGUGGUGUCGCCCCACCUAAUUAAUCUGGAAGCAAUGCGUACACUCGAGCUGGAACUCAGUAGCGGACGGAAUGACAUUCAAAGCGGCACAAUUCGCGUCAGGCCAGCGACGGCCGGCCUGCGUCUGCGAAUUGCCGAAACGGAAGUGGUGGACGGAGAGCUGGAUCUAGUCGCCAACCACGACUCUGGAGUCAUCGAGUUCUCUCGAUUGUCCACUCAGUCGUUCGUGCGCCUAAGAAUUCCCUACACUGUGGAAGAAGCUUUUACCACGCUCUCUGCGCGAGCAGAGAUCGGGUAUAACACGCCCCAGGGCCGAUUUGCUUUUUCGACGAUCCAUAGCGUUGUUGCCACGCUUCCCAUCUCGGUCAAUGUGCAGGAUAUCUUCAAGGAUGAGAUGCUAUUUUCGCGUUUUACAAUCAGUCCCGCCAUGUUGAUUCCUCUGCGCAUCACAAACUGCAAUCUUCCCAGCUCGGAUGCCUAUGAGGUUCAAUCUAGUAUCACCGGCUCCGUCGCUUUGGACGUAUUCCCAAAGCAACCCGCGUCUCUACUCUACAAGAUCAGCCCUACUGGAAAGUCGGCCACGACUUCCCCGACUGGGAAGCGCAGUCUUCGCCUACAAGUGGAUUUUACCUGUGUAGAUGACGAAUGUCUAGAUGCAGUUGAAAAGCAGCUUGCAGCUGCGCUGGAAUCGAGUCCAUUCACCGAAUAUGCUACCUUACUUACAUCGCACCUUGUGGGAAGUAUUCGUGGCCAGCUCUCUACAGCGGACAUGGAGGUCAUAGGCCUCGUGCGAGAAAUCGAGAUGCUCAGCUACCGCAGUGUGCGAUGGGAUGACCUGUUGGGAGCGUUAAAGGGACGCACCGAAGAAGUGCGCCAAUGGCUCAUGGCGUGGCACGAGGAACUGGCUGGGCAGCCGCUCGAAUGCUCGUACGAGCUGCACGCCAACCCUGACCUCUGGCUGUUGGGUGGCCGGCGCCGGGGUAACUUCCUCACUCGUGAUGGGGAGACUUCCAAGUUCACGGUCCUGCUGCUGCCCCAAAAGCCGGGUCAUUUGCUCUUGCCUGGUCUUGAGAUUCGUACCUAUGCGCCGUCGCAGUCACAGCCUCCGACUUCUCCUCCCGCCACAACGGACUCCGGCAUGGGGACAGGCCCCGGCGUUCCAGGCCAGCGACAGGCGAUUGCCUGUGAGGUGGACUACCGUAACCAUGGAGAGACAGUGCUGGUACUGCCAGACCUGCGUAAGACGACGGUCAGCCUAAGUGCAUCUGGCACAGGCGGGACAUCGUGGCUCGUCGACUCAGAGCGACGUGCAGAGGUGUAUUGA